UCGUCUUCUUGCCGCGAAUGCAAACAAACCAAACCGGAAAGAAAAAUCCGAUAUUUUCCUUCUCUCUUUCUCUCUGCUUUGCGGACAAUUCCACUCCACUGCACUGCAGCCACUAGAUCGACAGCGUUUCCUGCUCGGCUCUGCUCGGCUCGGCUCCCGCGGGGGAUCCAUGGCCGCGGCGCUCCGCCUCCCGCCUCUCCUCCUCCCCUCCCGCGCCGCUCGACCUGCCGGCGCCGCCGUCCGUGGCAGCCGGAGGAGCCGGGCAGCGACGUCCAGGAUCGCCGCGCAGCUCGACGACACCGCCGCUACGAGUACGACCUCCACGUCCAGCGCGCCGCCCGCCGGGUUCACGCCGCCGGAGCCCCAGCGGUUCGCGGUCAAGCCCGGCCAGUCCAGCAACAUCGCCGGGGCCUCGCUCGCCUUGCCCUUCCGCCUCGGCACCGGCGUCUUCGUCCUAGGUUAUGGAGUAUCAAUUGUUGACGCUGACCAGAUACCACCAGAUCAGUACGCUUUGGAGUUCCAAGGUCGGAAGGUGAAAGAGACAUCAAAGAUUGGGCAGUGCCCUCGACCGGCAAAGCCUAUUGAAAUAUACGAGUUUGAAGGCUGCCCAUUUUGUCGAAAGGUGCGAGAGAUGGUAUCCGUCCUGGACCUUGAUGUGUUAUUUUACCCCUGUCCUAUGAAUGGCCCAACCUUCCGUCCAAAGGUUCUAGAGAUGGGCGGAAAGAAACAGUUUCCCUACAUGGUUGAUCCAAACACAGGAGUUGCCAUGUAUGAAUCAGAUGACAUCAUAAAAUAUCUGGCGAAAACUUACGGUGAUGGAACUGUUCCGAUUAUGCUAUCGCUUGGUCUCUUGACAACAAUAACGGCAGGCCUUGCUUUGAUCGGGCGUGGCGGCAAGGGAUCUGCCUACACUCCGGCAAAGCUUCCAGCCCAGCCAAUAGAGAUAUGGGCAUACGAGGGAUCUCCUUUCUGUAAAAUAGCACGUGAGACCUUCGUCGAAUUGGAGUUGCCACACUUGCUACACAGCUGUGCGCGUGGCAGCCCGAAGCGACAGGAUUUCUUCAAGAAAUACGGACUUUUCCAGGCGCCUUACAUCGAGGAUCCUAACACCGGGGUGAAGAUGUUCGAAAGCGCCGACAUCGUGGAGUACCUGAGGGCAACAUAUGCCGCCUGACAAACAACAACCCCUGCCACCCUCCUCUCUCUCAAGUGUCCAUAUGUUAUCAUAGCUGCAGCUCAUUUUCUUUACUAGGAAACUCUGAAACCUAGAUGCACUACUAUGAUGUAUAAAAUGUAAUAAAUUUCCAGUCCACACUGAACAUGAGGCAGUGUCUUGGCUUAGCUUCCCUAAGAAACACUGAAGCUCUGAGGCAGCAGAAGAAAUAAAUAAAUGAAAGAUAAAUUUCAGAGA